AUGCCUCCUUCUGAUGCCGACUCCGCCCAAGAUAUGCCCUCUCUCUCUAAAUCCACCUCCAAGACAUGUUUAGCUCCCUUUUCUAGCCUCCUUUCGAGACUUUCCAAGGCUGCCCCAGAUGUCCCACCGGUGACUGGCAUAAUCCCCGAUGGCAUCAUGAGCUUCACCGCCAAAGCUGCCCAACAAUUUGGCCUUCCCGAAGUACUUUUUUGGACUCCUAGUGCUUGCGGCAUGUUAGCGUACAUGCAGUAUUGCCACCUUGUUAAACAGGGAUACAUACCUCUCAAAGCCAUCUUGCCACUAGAAUUUCUGACCAAAACUAAAGAAAGAGGCAAGCUGGUGCUCACCAGCACAAGUUCUAAAUCAUCCUGUAGUUGGAGGCAGCAGACCAACUGCAGGUAUAGCUGCGCGGAGUGGGAAAUGGAGAUCAACAAUGAUGUGCAGAGAGGCGAAAUAGAGGUGCUUGUGAGAGAACUGAUGGAUGGUGAGAAGGGACAAAAGAUGAGGAACAAGGCUUUGGACUGGAAGAACAAAGGUGAAGCAGCUGCAGGACCACACGGACAGUCUUACCAGAAUUUGGACCAACUUAUCAACGACUUGCUUCUCCCUAUAUUGUCCAAUUAA